ACAAGAUUAUCGUUUCCAAUUAUCGUUACAUGGCCAUCACUAAACAAAACAAAUAAUUUUCGGAAAAAUUUGCAAUUUCACAAAAUAUAAUAAAAAGAGUACCAGCAAUAUGCCUCCAGCGGAGAGUAAUGAUGUCAAAAUAAUGAACAAAUCCAUUGUCUGCGAAGACAGCACUUUGCGAGGUGACAUCACCAUAUCACAAGGAUGUGUCAUACAUCCCAGUGCGUCCAUUUUGGCUGAGGCUGGACCAAUAAUAUUGGGUGAAAAUUGUAUUGUUGAAGAAUAUGCCACGAUUGCUUAUCGUCUGACCGAGGAACAAAAACGUCAAAAGGAAGAGGGUAACCUAGAACCCUGCCCACCUUUGGUUGUUGGCUCCAAUAAUGUUUUCGAAGUGGGCUGCAUUGUGGAAGCACAGAAAAUUGGCGACAAAAAUGUCUUCGAAUGCAAAUGUUAUGUGGGACCUGAGGUGGUAGUGACCAAUGGUUGUGUUGUAGGCGCCGCUGUCAGUUUGAAAUGUAAACAAGUAUUACCAGAGAGCACUGUUAUCUAUGGACGCGACUGCCAGCAACGAGAAGCUAUUGAUAAAUAUGCGUACCAAACAUUGCAAAUAGAUUUCCUACGUAAAGUGCUGCCAAACUAUCACCACUUGCGGAAACCAAAUCAGGACCCCAAAAGGACACGUUCCGUUGUUUAGCUUAAUUUAAAUUUAUAAAACUAAUUUAUUUAUGAAAUAAAUUUUGUAAAAAGACAUACUAAAGUAUUUACGUAACUGGUACUUUAAA